AACGACCAGUUUUUACUAAAGCCUUCCUACUAAGUUCAUUUACCUCUCCAUCUUUCAAAAAAUCAACAAAAUGGGAUGCGGAGCUUCUGCUGCGUCUGCCGAACCAGAAUUUGUGAAUGGGAAGCCCACUUUCAGGGGUGAUGUAAUAACCAAAGGCUUUGGCCACGCCAAUGGCCUUCUCUUCCGUAUUGUAAAUAAAAAAACUAGGCAAUGGGCGUACUAUAACGAUACUAAGGAGUACGAAAUGCAGGUCAAGGCAACCUUCAGCCCCGAUUGUGAUAUCAAAGCACUAGGGGAGACUAAACUGGAGCAGCUCGACACUGGUGAGUAUAUGGCAACGGUUACGGUAGGCCCCCUGAAAACUGAAAUGUUUAUCGAAGGUCGUGUGAACGGCUUUAAGGCGAGGAUGGAUGCAGUGCCUCUUUCAGAUAACUUGCAAGAGAAGCAGGAAGAAGUUGAAGAAGAAAUGAAGGAGGAGGCGCAAUAGAAUUGGUUCUCGUAUCUAGAUGACUAAAAACGUAUUGCAUGUUUAUAUGGGCGUCGGAUAAAGUAUGUACGAUAGAUUUGAAAAAGGCUGGGGAUCGUUAAAAUUUUUGUGUGAAGAGAAAUGUAUAAAUAAAUGAGAAAAGUCUUAUGUGUAAGUAUAGGUUGUGCAAUGUUGAAUUCCUCAAUUUAUUUUAGGAUUUGUAUUACAUACUGCAUCUUCUCUGUCGUUACAUUGUGUUGGAAACUUUAUUUUUAGGCAUAUAUUUUUAAAUGCAUGCCCUAAAUAUUCUUUCCUAAACAUUUGAUUUGUAUUCCUGAGUGUAUAUCACUCCUCUGCUCACGCCAUUAGCCCAAAAAACUCACAGUAUUACCCCUCCAUAUCUCUGAAAUGCAUCCACUUUUAUCUCAGUGUUCUCUAAGAAUUCAAUUACUAAACAAAUAUUGAUCGACGUAUACUUACAUUUCUUCUUUAGAAAUAAAGUGGAUGAACAAUAAAAGUCAUGGAUAUAUUUUAGUGGGGCUAAAUGUUUGGAGAUUUCGUCGUGAGUACUUUUUUUCCUUAAAAGCUUAAAAAAGCCAAGAACGAAAGAUAACGCCUAUGUACACGUUUUCAUUUUUUUUCUAUUGACUCCAAAGUCCUACUUUAUUGCAAUUUUGGAGCUAAAGGUUCCAUAUUUAUGUAUAGGAAAGAUAAUUUUUCUCAUACCUUGCACGGGUAAAACUUUUCUUGAUUUGUGGUAAUAUAUAUAUAUAUAUAUAGCCUCCGAUCAUGAUGCUUCAGCCUCUAAUAGACUUUCAAACAUUUUCAAAUCCCAAUACUUCACUUAUGUUGGCCUUAGGAAUCUGAGAAAAUGAAAAGAUAAGUUCAGAUAAAGUGUAGGACUCAUUAGUGUAUUGUCUUUAUUGUCAUUAUUUCACCUUUACUAGUUUCCUUUAGAUUCCUGUUUGGCACUAGCCUCAUAGUCAUCCAUAGUACCGUCACAAUGCAUCGGAUUUCCAGAAUAUGCUGCCGCACAUCCCGCAAAGGUCCCGGAGGUUGGUCCUUGCCUACUUUCGUCUCCACUGGGGAUCGAUCCGCGUCGUCACCACGGCCCUCGAUCGAUAAUCAUGCUAACGUUAACUCCCCUAAGAGCAAGAAUGAGCCUCACAGCGGAAAUCAUGGUCCACACGUUUACAGUUGGCGUGCUAACAAAGCCUUUGAUUUCGAGACAAUCGGACGGACUAUUCUAGGUGAUGCUUAUGAUAUGUACUGCCCUCCUUCACCCUCUGGUCUACCCCCUCACACUUCUAGGAUUUCGGCCGCCGCUAGCAAACAAGAGGGUGCAAAAACACAAGCGCCCCCAACGCGGCCGCAGUCGACGAAUUGGCUUGGUAGCCCUACCAGCACUCAUUCCAUGUUGAUGCAACGGCACUUCGGUGUUAACGACUUCUCUCUAAUCGAUCGGAAGGAGUUGACUCUUACCAAGACGAUCGAAUUAAUGAUGAACGCGACAUUCAAGCCACGCGACGCGGACAGUCGUGUCUUUGGUGGCGACAAUCGCACCAAGAUAGCGGAGCAGAGGGAAGAAUUUAAAAAUAUGGACUCCCGGAUAGUACCUUUUAUGCACGAUGACCUUAUGUUCGAUUAUUUAAAGAACAUCAACCAGCUUCACGGCCCUUCAGGGCAACUCUACACGCGUGACAUUUUAGUGGGGCGAUUAGUAGGCCUCUUGUACUUCACAGAGUCGGAGCGCAGCCUCGCCUUCAUGCGCGAACUCAAGCGUUUCCACCAGAAGCAUACCCCUGACUUUGUGGUCGUAUCUAUCUCAUUGGGUGGGAAGGAAAUGAUGGAUGUUUCGCGGCAGUUCGGAUUCUAUCACUGCUCCCACCGAGAUGGAGCGACGUGGGUGACACGAGACGCGGGGCUGAUGAUGCGACCAUGGACUCCUAUGCCCCGAUUGAUAAUUGUCAAUGGUAGUACUGGUGUGGAAAUCACACGAAGCGGGCUGACGGCGGUUUUAGUUAACCCCGAUACGUGUUUUGAUGAGUGGAAGCGUGGGGAAUCCGGUGUAAAAGCGUGUGACUGGUUACAGACAAUCUACAUUGGAUAA